AUGGGAAGACAACCAUGUUGUGAUAAAGUUGGGUUGAAACAAGGGCCAUGGACAGCUGAAGAAGACAAGAAGCUUAUUAACUUCAUCCUCACCAAUGGCCAAUGCUGUUGGAGGGCUGUCCCUAAACUUGCAGGACUAUUAAGGUGCGGAAAAAGUUGUCGACUUAGAUGGACGAAUUACCUCCGACCGGAUUUAAAAAGGGGGUUGUUAUCUGAAUACGAAGAAAAGAUGGUUAUCGAUCUUCAUGCUCAACUUGGCAACAGAUGGUCAAAAAUCGCAUCACAUCUUCCGGGACGAACGGAUAACGAAAUCAAGAAUCAUUGGAACACCCAUAUCAAGAAAAAGCUUAAGAAAAUGGGAAUUGAUCCUCUAACACAUAAACCACUUCCUCUUCCAACCUCGUCAACUGAACAACAGUCACCACUGCUUCCAUCUGCAUUAGUCAAUGAACCAUCGCAGACCAGGGAAAACUCCCCUUCCAAACCAAUGGAGUAUCAAAAUAGUGAGUCGAUCGAAGUAGUUAACGAGACGAUCUCAAUUCAAUCAAGUUCAAUCACCGAGGUAGCAAAAGACGAACAAGAAGAUGGUGAAGAAAGCACAAUGAUUGCAAAAGAGUCACAAGUAGGUGAUUUCUGCACCGAUGAAGUUCCUUUGAUCGAGCCUCAUGAGAUUAUGCUUCCUAACGACGUUAAUAUUUUACCCCCGUUAUCUUCUUCUUCUUCGUCAUCUUCAACCUCAUCAAAUUACAACAUUACGAUCUGCAACCAGAAUUACGCACAUGAGGAACAACACCAGUUUCUGCCAAGUUUUGACUGGUGUUCUUCAUCCUUUGACUCUACCACUUAUAGUAACUUUGAAGCGGGAUUUUGGGAUGAUGAUGACGAAUUCAUCAAUAGUUUGAGCAUGUUGAUCAAUGAUUGUGAUGAAAUCGACACAACCACUAGAAAUGAUGCUACUUUUACACAAGAUCUCACCCAGUGCUCGAGAAUGCUCAUCGAUGAUGACACAUGGAAAUUCGAACAACUGUUGUGAACGAAACGUCAAUUUCUUUUUUCUAUUUCCUUUUCUUAUCUUUUUCCCCAAUCCUUUUGGGUGGAUUUGUAAAUCCUGAAAACUGAAGGGUUGUCAUUUCCUA